AUAUAUCCCCCCCUGAACUCAAACCCAAUCAGCCAAAAAAUAAAAAAUAGAAAAAGUAAAUAAAUCUUAUCCAAAAUUUAAAUUUAAAUUUGAAUUUAGAUAAUAAUAAAUAUUAUAAAUAAAAAGUAUGUUGCAACAGAGAACACGCAGAAGGUGUGAAGGAACAGCCAUGGGUGUUAUUGUGCUUGAUUUUCGUCCUGGUCUCGGAAUUGGUCCUUUUUCUCUCGGAAUGCCUAUAUGUGAAGCGUUUGCACAGAUAGAGCAACAACCUAAUAUCUAUGAUGUUGUUCAUGUCAAGUAUUUCGAUGAGGAUCCGUUGAAGUUGGAUGUUGUUAUAAGCUUUCCCGAUCAUGGUUUUCAUCUUCGUUUUGAUCCCUGGUCUCAGCGGCUUCGUCUUAUUGAAAUCUUUGAUGUGAAACGGCUUCAAAUGCGCUACGCAACAUCACUCAUUGGAGGUCCGUCAACUCCAGCUACUUUUGUAGCUGUUUAUGCUGUUUUUGGCCCUACAUUUCCUGGAAUCUAUGACAAAGAUAGAGGUGUUUACACUCUCUUCUAUCCGGGGCUGUCAUUUGCUUUUCCUAUUCCCUCUCAGUACACAGAUUGCUGCCACAAUGGAGAAGCUGAAUUACCCUUGGAGUUUCCGGAUGGCACGACUCCAGUAACAUGUCGUGUAUGCAUAUAUGACAGUUCAACAGAUAGUAAAGUUGGUGUAGGGUCGUUGAUGAACAAGGCUUCUGCUCCUCCAUUACCUGCUGGCAGUAUCUACAUGGAAGAAGUUCAUGUUAAGCUAGGGGAAGAAUUAUGGUUCACCGUAGGUGGACAACAUAUCCCUUUUGGAGCUUCUCCACAGGAUGUGUGGACAGAAUUAGGACGACCUGAUGGAAUUCACCAAAAGCAGGUAGACCAAAUGGUAAUUCACUCUGCUUCAGACCCACGACCAAAAACGACACUAUGCGGUGAUUACUUCUAUAAUUAUUUUGCUCGUGGAUUUGACAUAUUAUUUGAUGGACAGACUCAUAAGAUCAAAAAGUUUGUUUUACAUACCAAUUACCCGGGGCACGCUGACUUCAAUUCUUACAUAAAGUGCAACUUUGUUAUCCAUGCUACCGAAUUUGAUGGUUCAUUUCACCAAGAUCUGAAUUCCUCAAAGAGUAGGAUUACACCUGGCACAAAGUGGGAUCGUGUGAAGGAGAUCCUGGGAGAUUGUGGGCGAGCUGCUAUACAAACGCAAGGCUCUACAAGCAAUCCAUUUGGAUCUACUUUUGUCUAUGGGUACCCAAAUGUAGCUUUUGAGGUUAUGAAGAAUGACUAUAUUGCCACCGUGACUCUUUUUCAAUCAUCCUAAGUUGUGUAUGAAUAUAAACGAUGCAUGCUUUGUACAGUUCUGAGCUGCAACAGCAGCCAGUGUCUCACCAUAUCUUUCUCCUCCCUCGCCCCAGCAAAAAAAUAGCAGGCGUGUAACAACUUAAAGUUGUAAUCUGUACAGUCUUAAGUUUUUAGAGAUUGACAUUUUAUCGCCAAUCAUUGUGUAAUUUCCCUGGAAAAAAAAGAAAAAGAAAAGGAAAGGAAGCAAAGAAGUGAUAUGAUUGUAAAGGGUGUUUUCUGCACCAACCUUGUUUACUAAUGAUUGAUGUGGAUGAAUACUAAUUUACAACUUAUGCAAUGUCAACCUAUUAUUAUUUUUUAAAAA